AAUAUUUGUUGUUUCAGAUAAACAAUGGGUAAAGAAAAGGUACACAUCAACAUUGUCGUCAUUGGACACGUAGAUUCUGGUAAAUCUACCACUACUGGCCAUUUGAUCUACAAAUGCGGUGGUAUCGACAAACGUACCAUCGAAAAAUUCGAAAAGGAAGCCCAGGAAAUGGGAAAAGGUUCCUUCAAGUAUGCGUGGGUACUUGACAAACUGAAGGCUGAACGUGAACGUGGUAUCACAAUCGAUAUUGCAUUGUGGAAAUUCGAAACCGCAAAGUACUAUGUAACUAUCAUUGAUGCCCCUGGACACAGAGAUUUCAUCAAGAACAUGAUCACUGGUACAUCGCAAGCUGAUUGUGCCGUACUCAUUGUCGCUGCUGGUACUGGUGAGUUCGAAGCUGGUAUCUCCAAGAACGGACAAACUCGUGAACAUGCUCUGCUUGCAUUCACCCUUGGAGUGAAACAACUUAUCGUCGGAGUCAACAAAAUGGAUUCCACUGAACCACCAUACAGUGAAGCCCGUUUCGAGGAAAUCAAAAAGGAAGUUUCUUCGUACAUUAAGAAAAUUGGUUACAAUCCCGCUGGAGUUGCCUUUGUACCAAUUUCUGGAUGGCAUGGAGAUAAUAUGUUGGAACCAUCCACCAAGAUGCCAUGGUUCAAGGGAUGGGCCGUUGAGCGUAAAGAAGGAAAGGCUGAUGGUAAAUGUUUGAUUGAGGCUUUGGAUGCCAUCCUCCCACCAAGUCGUCCAACUGAGAAACCUCUCCGUCUUCCCCUUCAGGAUGUCUACAAAAUUGGUGGUAUUGGAACAGUACCCGUUGGUCGUGUUGAAACUGGAGUAUUGAAACCCGGUAUGGUUGUUGUCUUUGCCCCUGCCAACAUCACCACUGAAGUAAAGUCUGUUGAAAUGCACCACGAAGCCCUGCAAGAAGCUGUUCCCGGAGACAAUGUUGGUUUCAACGUUAAGAACGUUUCCGUCAAGGAAUUGCGACGUGGUUACGUAGCUGGUGACUCCAAAGCAAGUCCACCAAGGGGAGCUGCUGAUUUCACAGCCCAAGUCAUUGUCCUCAACCACCCUGGUCAAAUCUCCAAUGGAUACACGCCUGUCCUUGACUGUCACACAGCCCACAUUGCCUGCAAAUUCGCAGAAAUCAAAGAAAAGGUUGACCGUCGUUCAGGAAAGACUACUGAAGAAAACCCAAAAGCCAUCAAAUCUGGUGAUGCUGCCAUCGUCAACUUGGUACCCUCCAAGCCCAUGUGCGUGGAAUCCUUCCAAGAAUUCCCUCCCCUUGGACGUUUUGCUGUCCGUGAUAUGAGACAGACCGUUGCCGUAGGUGUUAUCAAGAGCGUCAACUUCAAAGAUGCCUCUGCCGGAAAGGUCACGAAAGCUGCAGAAAAAGCACAAAAGAAGAAAUAACCUUUCCAUAUUGGUUACUCCUAAUUUACUUUUGAUAUAUACUUUAAAUGAUUCAACAAGCUGGAGUUCAAAUUUAUUUUACUACUUUGACUUUUUGUGAUCUUUGAAAUUUCUGAUACUGACACAUUGGAAAGAAACAAUAAACGUGGUUUUCUGACAA